AUGGCUCCCGUGCCGCUGAAGUUUGUGGUGUCGUUUAGCUCACAGGAUGACCGUCACCCAGUGGGGAACCUGUUGUCAGGAAACGGGAAGAAGCGCUGGCUAUCAGCUCCCAAACUAAAGACAGGCCAGAUAGAGGCCGUGUUUGAACUGGAGAGGCCCUGUGUUAUCACACACAUUGAUAUAGGCAGUGUGUGGUGUGCUAACAUUGAGGUUCAAGUGGGAUGGUCUUCUUGGGCUCAAGGAAUCCCAUACAAAACAAUGGUGGCCACAGCAAACCUCAUGAGCCCCGUUGACUGCCGAAACUCCAAUGCAUUUAUUAAAACAAGGAUGUUCAAUGCCAGUGACUUUAUGGAAGAUGUCCGUACUCAAGAAUGGGACAGAAUUCGUAUCAUUUGUCGUCAGCCUUUCAGGAAAGAUGUACAGUUUGGUUUAUCCUUCAUCCGUAUCACGGGAAAUUUCUCCGACAACAACAACACGCAUGUACAGUCGCCAAAUCGGAACACGAAUCGUGAUGGCAACCCCACACAGUCAUCUCCCUUUACUGGAGCAAAAACACCCAGAAUGGAGGACGUCAUUUCAAGACAGAGUGCUAAAACUACCCCUGCCAGGACUGCAGAACUUCAGAAUCGACUGUUAAAAAUCGCCAGUUCUGCAGAGAACGGCAGCGCGAACGAGGUGUCCAUGUCAAGAACAGUGCGACUUGUGCUGGCUGCCGCGGACCAGAGUCCCAAAUUUAGUCCCACCAUCCCCUCGCAGCAUAAUCACAAGUCUCGACUACUCUCCAACAGCGUGGACAGCAGGACUGGGCCCUCAUUUAAGGCAGAAGUAAACCAUUUUUUAUCGUGUCUGCAGUUGACAGAAGAGGAUUUGUCAACAAUUACUAUUGCAGAUCUUCGCCACCGAUUGGAAAAGCGAAAACGACGAAAGCUGACAUGUGAGGAGAAAAAAACAUUCAUCAGCCAAACUCAAGAGUUUCUUCAGGCGAAAUUCGAAAACGAUACAGAUGAACCGGAGAAUGAUGGAGAUACUGACAAAUUCCUGUUGAUAAAGAAGCGCAAAUUUUAUGUGAAACGCCCUCAUCAAUUGAGAAUAUUGGAGCAACUACGACACCUGGUCAGAAGUCCCAGGUGGACUGUACAUUUCACCUCAGUACCUUCAGGUACCAGUAUCUCGUCAUCAGUGAACACCAGUACAACAACAACAGCUACAACAACAACAAAACGAAAAAUUGCAGCAAAGGGAUCGUCAAGUAGGAAAAACUGCAAAAUAGAAUCGGACUACAAGACCAGAACUGUCACAGUGAAGGUGCCAAGCUCUGCCAAGAGAGUGCCCAGCUCUCAAAUGAUCACAGUACAUUGUAUUGAAUGUGGAAAAAUGGUACCAGAGCCAAAUUACUUAUUACAUCAGGUACGCUGUAAGAACUUGAGCAAAACCAAAAGUGUAGACAAAAUAACAACACCUGGGAACCCAAGGGCAAUGACGGUAAGGACGCCAGUGUACCAGACGCCCCCAGACAUUGGCAUACACGUGGACGAGUGGAGGAGUCCACAUAUUCACAGAAUGGUGACCUGUCCAAUUUGUCAGCAGAACUUCCCGGAAGCUGACAUCCAGGUCCAUGCUAAUUUGUGUGCUGAACUGUGAAAUCACCUACCCACAUUCUGCCUGGGAUGAUCCAGGAGUGCCACAAGAUAGUGUUAUAACUGUCAAACACUUGGACACACUAAGUCUGCGUGUUGGCAUUUGGCUUGUGUGGAGAGAGAUCAGAACAGUGGUUGUGUGGCUUAGAGGUCAGCGACUUUAGAUCUACAUGACUCUUGGCAUUAUUGGUAUGAAGAAAAGGUUUUUUUUUUAUUAGAUUGAGACAGUCUGCUUUUCUUUUUACAUUGUUGAAGUGUUGUUUUCUUUUGUUGUGUUGGAGAUCUACACUCUGUCUGCAAGCUUUUGUAUUGUGAACAAUCCUGAAUCAAAUAAUGCUUGUAUGGUUGUGUAUGUAUAAAGGUAACUGAAUAUUUCACACAAGUCUUUCUCCACCAAUCAUGCUCCAAUUGAUGUUUUCCACUUUCUGUGUUAGGUUUUCUUACAUUCUUCUCGUUCAAAUGUAUGAAAUCUUUAAGCAGCAUUCUGAUUGAGACUGUGUCUGAACUAGUUGCAUCCUGUGGAUGAUCGUUGGUUUCCCUGUCUUUCCAAUAUCUUAUUGAGUACGACGUAAAACUCUAGUCAGAUAAAACAACUUACCAAAUAAAAUGUUUUGCAUUAUUCUCACUAAGAAUAAAUUUUCAAAAAAAAGAGAGGUUUUUUUUUGGAGCAUAUUAAGAAACAGUAUUGUCACCACAGUUCCCGAUGUAGACAAAGAGGUAAGUAUUUUUU